UCUGGCUGGAUGGUGGUCUCUUAUGACGGCUGAUAAGAAGAUGACGGUUCAGCCCAAGAUGACCAGCCUGAAAGGCUGGCAGGAUGCCUUCUUCUGGGUACGGGUGCCGGACGACUACCCUGUACGCCGCCAUUUUACUGAACCUGCUCCGCAUAUGGAGCACUUGACUCUGAAGCCGCUAACUGGGGAAGAGUUAGCGGCUUAUGAUUACUUUGAUUCGGUCGAUUACGAUAUCACUUAUGAGGAUGGGAGAGUUGUUAAGUCUAAAGAGCCUUCAACCUGGCUUCCCCAUACGAAGUACAUCUUGGGGACAAGCCCUUGUCGGCUCUCUUAUUGUCUCCUGCCCAUGAGAAUGGUCUUGGCUGCCUUGAUCUUGACAUUCUUGGCGUCGACGACGACUAUAAACCACUAACACAUUUACCUGCUCCUCCUCCUUCCGACUACCUGACAAUGCACAGUGCUACCAAUGGUCGCCGGGGAGGGAACCGUCAUGGCCCCCAAACCGCUCCGAGAAGGGGUCGUGGCGCGUCUACCAGCACUCGCGUCCCUGUGGUUGCAGCCACUUCUUGCCAACUCACCUACCGUCCCCUUGAGGUCCUCCACCACCAGGACCGUCACCAGGGGUGGCACUUUGAAUAGGAGGCGUUCCCGGGAACAAGCUGCUGAGGACUCUGCCGCCAACAAGAGGCAGGCAGUAGAGGGCCCAUCUGUCAAUGAAGUCCUUGUAGAGGACUUGGAUCCUUCUGCUGAGGAAGUACGAGAUGAGGGCGCCACUGAUCCUGGUGCCGGCACAGCUGUGGGUGGUUCUCUGGUAUCUCAAAACACUUCUUCUAUUAAGGAGAAGUUGAGAGAGCUGAUUGCCACUCCUAGCUUCCUCUCCAACCUUUCUCCUGGGAUCUUUUAUAGGUUCCGGGAAUGGAUUGAGAAGAAGGAGGUGCCGUUAAGCGACACGGUGGCGGCCGCUUUUGCUCCUCAGACUGUGACCCCUGGCAAGAUCUAUCAGCCAAAUUGGGACGUCAGGGAGGAUGAAUCCUUGUACUCUGACAUCCCUGAGAACGGUGGCAUUCUUGCCUACCGUAUUCUCAAGGGUAUGCAGCUGCCCUUGGAUCGCCCUUCAGGCUCUCUGAAGACUCCAGCUGCUAGGCUGGCUCAUGACCAGUUAGUGGCCAACAAUGCUGCUAUCGAGCUGAUAGAGCAGUACUUGGAGUACCAGAGGCUGGCGGAUUCCUACAAAACCUCGCUGGAGACUUGCCAGGAGUUACUUCAGGAGGCCGAGAAGAAGGUGGCGCCUCUAGAGGAUGAAGUGGCGACCUUGAGGGACAGGGCGUCACUCCUGGAAGAGACUGAAGAGAAUGUUAAAGCUCUGACUAAGGCGGUGGAGGUCGCUAAUAAUGAGAAAGAGAUAGUGCUUGUUCUGGACGCCUCCCCGCGUGAGGCUCGGGGGGCCGCCAACGCUGUUGCUGAGUUCAAAGCGUCCGAUGAGUAUGUGGCGGAGCUGCAUAAGAGAUAUGACGGUGGCUGGGCCGCUGCUAUGAGAUGUGUCUGCAAAACCGUUCCAGGCUUUGACUGGAACGUUAUUGAAGAUGCUCAUGCGGCGGGCCAACAUCUGUCACCUUUUGAGGGGGAUUCUAACUUUGCGGAUGAGGACGCCAUAGCAGAUGUGGAUCCCCGGGAGCCCACGACGCCAGGACCUCAUGCCCCUUGA